CAAGUCAUUCCACGAGAGACUCGCAGAGUGUGUGAGAGCACAGUUAAGCCCACCGGGUGGUCUCCCCACUCGCUACCACGGCAGCCCGUUUCCGUCCACCGGAAGUGCCGGACUUUCCCCACUCACCAGUCACCCCAAAGUCCCCACCCCCUCCUCGUCUUCCUCUUCCUCUAGAGUCCCACAAGCUUUCCAUUCCAUUCUGCUCAUCUCCCUCCGCUUCCCAGUGAGCGCACCCGGCGCAUCCUGCGGCCAAGAAUGGAGGCGUGGCCGGACGACUUCCGGUGCCCCAUCUCGCUGGAGGUCAUGACGGACCCCGUCAUCCUCCCCUCCGGCCACACCUUCGAGCGCCGCAGCAUCCAGCGCUGGCUCGACGGGGGGCACCUCACCUGCCCCGUCACCAACCUCCCGCUGCCGCCAUCCCCGCCGCUCAUCCCCAACCACGCGCUGCGCCGCCUCAUAGCCGCUGUCUCGCCUUCGGCGGCGGCCGCCGCCCCCGUCCCCGCGGCGGGAGGAGGUAGUGCUGACGAGGGGAAAGAAGCGUCGGUGGCGGCGGGGGCGCCGUCGUCCGUGCUGGCGCUGCUCAGUCUGGCCAAGUCGGGCGCCGCAGGCCGGAGGGAGGUGCUGGAGUCCGGCAGCGCAGCGGUGCUUCUGCGGCACACGGCGGCGGGGGACGAGGCGGCGGCUAGGGCGCUCCUCUACCUCAGCCUCGACGGCGACGACGCGCGCGUCGGGCUCGUUGCGGACGGCGCCGUCGACGCGCUCUCCACCGCGGUGUCCCGCGGCGGCGCGGCCGCCGCGCUCGCGGCCACGGCGCUCACCAGCCUCGCCACUGUCGACGUCAACAAGUGCACCAUCGGGGCGCACCUCUCGGCCAUCCCCGCGCUGGCCGGGCUCCUCCGCCGCGGCGGCGCGCGGGAGCGCCGCGAGGCUGCCACGGCCCUCUACGAGCUCUGCAAGCUGCCGGAGAACCGCCGCCGGGCAGUGCGCGCGGGCGCGGCGCCUGGGCUCGCCGACUUUGCCGCCGACGGCUCAGCCCGCGCAGUCGAGGUGCUCGGCCUCCUCGCCAAGUGCCGCGAGGGACGCCAGGAGCUGUGCAGGAUCCCCGGCAUCGUGUCUGUGCUCUCCGGCGUCGCCAGCAGCGGCAAUGCCCGUGCAAUCGAGCAGGCCCUGUUCGUUCUCAACUGGAUUUGCUCGGAGAGCAACGAAUUGGCAUUGGAAGUAAUAAAGCUGGGAGCUUUCCAGCUCUGUGAGGCUCUGGUGAACGACGACAACUGCAAGAUCGCCAAGAACGCAGUAGAAUUGGCCCGGACGCUCAAGAAAGCGUAAAAAUUGGGCUGUCCAAAGAUCAAAUUUGUCGUAAUUUUGAUUCGGCGUCUCCUCAAUUGGUUGUUGGCCUCAUUGUACAAAGGUAGAAACAGCAAAGGUAAUGAUGCUAAUAAUGAGUAACCAAAAGAUGAACAAAAGAGGAGACAAGAGCAACGAAUAGAUUGACAAAGCUGCUGCAAAGGGCCGGCAGAUGUUGUCGAGAGGAGGCGCCCACGAAGAGUCGGCAUCUGUAGUAUUGCAGCAUGAAACGGUUGAGGCCCCAGCAGUGGGUGGUGGAUGUUGAACAGAACAGUCUAAUCAAACGCAUGCGGACCAUAAGAGGAUUGCGACGUGUAUGUCGCUUACGGAACUAGAUGUUUCGUAGAUCUCUUCAAUAGACGUGUAUAUAGAUUGUAGAUCCGAUAAAUAUGUGAAGGGUGCGCGUGUAGAGUGUAGCGUGAAUUCAGAUAUUAUAACUUGUACCUCAGUGUUGAGCCUAAAAACAUAAGUCUUUACCCCUUUUGAAUUC